GCCGCCCAUGGCCGCUCGUCUUCCCCGCUCUUCGCCGUUCUGAGGUCCUUAGCGAGCUCCGUCUCCCAGUUUUGUUGCUCGAUCGCUUGUCCUGUUUAUCCCCGCUCGAAAUCGGUGGCAGAGGUGGUCGAUUGGGCUUUUGCCGAGUUGUUUCGACUCGGGGCCUUCGACAUCUUGCUCUUAGGUCGUCGCUGUGUUUUGCUUCGUGCGGUAGGUUGUAGUGUACAGGAAGUUUGGUCCAAUCUGAGUUGGGUUUUGCCUUUGUUAGUUUUUUUGCUGGGUUGUAGUGCAUUUCGCCCUCUUUCUCUCUCUUUUUUGUUUUCCUUUGUGUAUUUCUGUCGUAUUUGAAGCCCGGAGUUGGAUUGCUGCACUUGGGUUUUCAAGAUGGGUUGGUUGUGGACGGUGGUUUAUCAGAGUUACGCUUUAUCAGGACCUGUGAUGAUGCUGUUGUAUCCCUUGUAUGCGUCCAUCAUGGCGAUCGAGAGCCACGACAAGGAGGAUGACCAACAAUGGCUGACCUACUGGGUGCUGUACUCGUUGGUGUCGUUGAUGGAGAUGGCUGCUGGGCCUGUGAUCGCGUGGAUUCCCUUCUACUCGACGUUCAAGCUUAUUAUCGCGUCGUGGCUUGUGUUGCCCCAGUUCCGAGGUGGGAUUAUCCUGUACGAGAAGUUCGUGAGCCCUUACUUGAACGCAGCGACUGGAGUCACUGAUCAGAAACUUACAGAUGGGCAACGGAAGUGGUUGGGUUCCAUCAGCCCCGAGGCUCAAGCGUCGGUUGCUGCGUUCAUCAAGGAGAACGGGUCGUCCGCGUUCGAUGCAUUCAUGAAAUCAGCCACUGGAGAUGUUAAACAGGACAAGAUAGAGGAAACUGUAGAGAAGAAGGAGGGUGAAGCUGCUGGUUCUUCGGAUUCAGAUUAGAGGAUGGCUAGGACUGGAGCGAGGAAUCGGACUUAUCCUGUGUUUUUCAUGAUGUUCCCUCUUUUGGAGUAUUUUAGAAAUCGUUGCUUAUUUUAAGUUCAGUGACAUCGUGGCCGUGUUUUGUAGAUAUGGCCUGUUCAUUAUGGAAGCUCAUUUAUAUGGCCUCAGCUGGAGAAUGUCGUUCGCGUGAAACUCUUUGGACACACCGAGUGUCAGUUGUAAUAUUAUUUUACGUACUAACAUUUGAGCAUGUCAAUGGGUUUCCUGAUGUUUUUGAUA